AUGAAGCAGAUAGCUUGUACUAUUUAUCUAUUUUUAGUAACAAUAAUAGCACAAGUAGAUGCAGAAUUUAAUAGUAUUGAAUCAGGUUUAAACAUUACCAAAAACUCUACGUCUUCUCCAUGGCUUAAACGGGUUUUUAACCCACGAGCUCAAGCGCAAGGAUGUUGGAAUAGGCCUUGGAUUUGUUCGUUCGGGCAAGUUCCUCCUCGAAGAUUAUGUUGUAUGAAUCGUUGUGUUGAGAUCAUAUCGGAUCCUCUAAAUUGCGGUUUUUGUGGCAUAAGAUGCCCAUUUACAUGGCAAUGUUGUAAUGGUUUAUGUAUGAAUGUAAACAUUAAUCCUUUUCAUUGUGGUAAAUGUUGGAAUAGGUGUGCAAUAGGAAGACCAUGUGUUUUUGGGUUGUGUGGUUAUGCUCAACCCUUUCCUCCAUUUCCUUUCCCACCAACUUUGCCUGGCCCACCUUUCCCUUUCCCUUUCCCAUUACCUUCCCCUCCUGGAUCUCCAACUACUCAAAAAAAAUUGAAGAAGGAAUGA